AGUUAUCGAAAGUCAAUACAGUUUUCCUAUCUUCAGUUUCUCUCUUCUCUUCUCAUCCCUUCUAAAACUUUGUUUCCCAUCUCACCUCUCUUCUUGAUUCUUUUCUCAUCUCUAUCUCUUGAUUCUUUGUGGAUUGUUGAUUGGGUUAUAUCAUAUCGUGCCCUUGACUAGUGCAUUUGUCAAUCGGAAUUAAUUAAGAAGUUCAUCAUUUGAUGAGGGUUAUUUUUUUAUUAAUCAUUUAAUAUACCAAAAAAAAAAAAAGAAGGGCAAAUCAGGGAGGAAUCCUGGUUCCGCAUUUUUUCCGUUGUAUAUAUAUGAUUCGAUUUGGGAAGAUUGAUAUCCCUAUUUUUGAUGGCACUGGUAGUGUGAAAGGAUAGCUUUGCCAAAGUGAAUAAUUCUUUAAAGUGAACAAUUCUUUGAAAUUAACAAGACUGGGAAAGGGUUUAAGUCUCAAAUUGCUGGAAUGUAUAUGAAGGGAGAGGCCUUGCAAUGGUUGCAAGCCUACAUGAAAGGGAAAAUUGAGUGGCCUGCUUGGGAGGAAUUUUGCACGGUUGUUUGUGUUAGAUUUGGGGUAGCUUCUAAGAUGAAGCUUGUGGCAAAAUGGAGGAAUGUAGUGCAAAUGGGUACUGUCUUAGAGUAUCAACAGGACAUUGUAAAAAUAAAGGCUAAGGUCGCUUGCUCUGAAGAGGUUGUUGUUGAGAUGUUCAUUGGAGGUUGGAAGGAGGAAAUCAGACAUGAUAAGUUCAAGCCUGCCAAUUGGUCACAAUCAAGGAGUGUAGCACCAGCUCCCUUUUCUAAUACAAGCCUACGUUUCCCUAGAAUUCCACCUUUUAAUAAAAAAAACAAUGCCCUUCUAUCAUCUAUCACCCCACAGCCCUCUAGGAAUAAGAGUAUUAAGGCAUUGUCGAAGAAACAACUAGAAGAGAACAAAGCCAAAGGCUUAUGCUUCUGGUGUGAUAAGCAAUUUGUGCUAGGUCACAAGUGCCCCAAAAAGAAGCUGUUCAACAUUGAGGUAAUACUUUUUGAGGAAGAAGAGAUGGAUAUUGCUGAGGUGGUUAGAAUAGUGGGCAAAAGGUCACUAAUGAUUUUGAUAGACUUUGGGAGUACACACAAUUUCUUAGACUCCAAAUUUGCACAAGAAUUGGGGUGUACGUUAGAGGAUGUAAAACAGUUCCAAGUUUCAAUGGCUAAUGGCAGUCAAUUAUCUAGUUCAAGGAGAGGGGUUAACUUCACUUGGAAAAUGCAAGGGUUGGAAUUUCAAUCGGAGAUGCUCUUGUUGCCAUUGGGUGAGUACGAUGUAAUUCUUGGAAUCCAAUGGUUAAAACCCUUGGGAAAGGUUCUAUGGGAUUUUCAGAGCAAGACCCUUGGUUUCACGUACAAGGAGAAACCUAUGGUGCUACAUGCUGCCCCUAAACCCCAUAUCAAGUGGGUGGAUAAUGACAAGAUGUUGGAGACUAUUCAGAAGGCAACAGACUCCAACAAGGAGAAACCUAUGGUGCUACAUGCUGCCCCUAAACCCCAUAAGUGGGUGGAUAAUGACAAGAUGUUGGAGACUAUUCAGAAGGCAACAGACUCCAGCAAGGUAAAGCUUUUUAUGGUUCAAAGUCUGAAUAAGGGAGCAUGUGGAGUUCAGUUAUCUAGAGUUGAAACAAAUGAUGAUCCACAUUUAAGACAGUUGUUGAAAGUCUAUUUUGAUGUUUUUGAGGAACCUAAAGAACUGCCACCUCACAGAGUUCAAGACCAUAGUAUUCCUUUGAAAGGGGGUAUUGAGCCUAUCAAUGUUCGACCUUAUAGAUAUCCUAAUAUACAGAAACAAGUCAUGGAGCAAUUAGUUCAAGAGAUGCUCCAAAGAGGGGGUAAGGAGAAUACUAUGGCAGAUGCUUUAUCCAGAGUGCCAAGUACUCAGAUUACUUCUUUGGCCAUUUCUACUGUUGACACUUCCUUAUUUUCUGAGAUACAACAGUCUUGGCAAGCUGAUGAGGAGGUCAUUCGAGCAUGUAGUGCACCACUAACAGAAUUGCUAGCCUUUUCUAUUGGAAAGCCAUUGCCUAUUUUAGAUAAAGUGUGGGAAGAUAUUUCCAUGGAUUUUAUUGAAGGCCUUCCUCCAUCCCAGGGAAGGACAAUUAUUAUGGUUGUGUUUGAUCGAUUAAGCAAGUAUGCUCAUUUUGUUGCACUAGCACACCCUUAUACAGCUUCUAAGGUGGUUGAAUUAUUUGUUCAGAACAUCAAAAGGUUACAUCGCAUGCUGAAAAGUGUUAUUAGUGACCAGGACACUGCAUUCACUAGUGUGUUUUGGAGAGAAUUAUUUCGCCUUUGCCAAAUUACUUUGAGGAUGUCAUCUGCUUAUCACCUUCAAACAAAUGGCCAGACUGAGGUAGUCAAUCAUUGCUUGGAGACUUAUCUUCGAUCUAUGUGUGGAAUAAGGCCUAAGGAGUGGGUUCAGUGGCUACCAUUGGCUGAGCGGUGGUAUAACACCAAUUUCCACACUACUUUCAAGGCAACACCAUUUGAGGUAUUAUAUGGCCAGGCACCUCCUUUUCACAUUCCACAUAUCCCAGGUGACUCAAGAAUAGCUGGAGUGGACAGGAGUCUUCAAGCUCGAGAGGCAGCAUACUUAAAGCUUCAGCCAUGCCAACAGUUGUCUCUUCUACAACAAAAACAACACAAGUUGUCCCCUCGGGUGCAUAAUGUGUUUCAUGUCUCUUUACUCAAAAAGAAAGUGGGUGAGGCUACAAUAGUUAUUCCUCUUCCCUCUUUGUUACUAGAUGCUCUACCAGUAUAUGAACCAGAGGUUGUUCUUGAUCGAACCAUUAAGGCUGAUAACAACAAGCCUCAGACCAUGUGGUUAAUCAAGUGGAAGGGUCGUGGUAUUGAAGAGGCUUCCUGGGAAUCUGUUGAUGAUAUUCAGCUACGUUUUCCUUCCUUCCACCCUUGAAGACAAGGGCUGUUUAAGGGAGGGGAUUGUUACAGGACUAGAAAUAAGACAAGUGAAGUGGCAAGGGAGUGCUUAGGUGGACGACAGUGAUGAAUGUAUGUAGAUGAGGAUGUUAUGUACAAAGAACAGCUAUAAAAGCUCUUUCUUAUA